UGCAAAGUUGGGGAUGCGAGGGUCGAAUUGGGGAAAUUUGCUUCAAUGUUCUUCCCACGUCGUGGGUUGGUGUGUUGGAUAAUCAAGAAUUGCUUAAUACUAGUUAGCUAUUCUGUUGGUACUGUGAUGUUAAGCUAAGCAUGAAUUAUAGGUCCCAUUAGAAAAGAUAUAUAAUAGUUCAAUUGGCCUUACGUUUUCUGUGUUCAUUUUGAACAUAUGUAGUAUGUUACAUUUUCAGGGUAGUGUUAUUUGUUCAUCAUCAGUAGUGAAGAGUAUUUCUUUGAGCAGGAAGCUCAAUGGAUUUCAGUUGCAGUUGUUUUGUGCUGAUACACCAACCACCACUUUGAUGAUUGAGCUAUAGUGAAUAGAUAAUUCUUUUUCAUUUAUCGACGACUGCAACGAUGCUUCCUAUUGCUCAGUUAGGAAUUUGAAUUGAUUUAUUAGGUCUUUUCGUGAAAAUGAAGUGAACAUCUGUACAAAGUUCGAAGUCACACAAGAAAAGAUGCUACCUACAAUGGAAUUCUUCUUGCAGGGAAGAUUCAUAUUUGGGCCUGAUGUGAGAUCCGUGUUUCUCACUAUGUUCCUCAUCAUUGCACCAGUGGUGACCUUCUGUGUGUUUGUCGGAAGGCAUCUCAUGAAUGAAUUUCCCGAUCACUGGGGCAUCUCAGUAAUGGUAGUGAUGGUUGUCUUCACCAUUUAUGAUUUGGUGCUGUUUCUUCUUACCUCUGGAAGGGAUCCUGGUAUAAUACCUCGUAAUACUCAUCCUCCUGAACCGGAAGCGAUUGAUGGGAUCAAUGAUAUAAGUGAUCAGACUCCGCAAAGAUUUCGUUUACCUCGCACAAAGGAAGUUGUUGUAAAUGGAAUCAGCGUAAGGAUCAAAUACUGUGAUACCUGCAUGCUGUACCGACCACCUCGAUGCUCACACUGUUCUAUUUGCAAUAACUGUGUGGAACGGUUUGACCAUCACUGCCCAUGGGUUGGCCAAUGUAUAGGACUGCGUAAUUAUCGAUUCUUCUAUAUGUUUGUAUUCUCGACCACAUUGCUUUGCCUGUAUGUAUUUGCCUUCUGUUGGGUGUACGUAAUCAAGAUUAGAGAUGCUGAGCAUUUGUCUAUCUGGAAGGCCAUGUUAAAGACACCAGCUUCAAUUGUUCUGAUUAUCUACUGCUUUCUUUGUGUAUGGUUUGUCGGUGGUCUGUCUGUCUUCCAUUUCUAUCUGAUGAGCAUCAACCAGACAACGUACGAGAAUUUCAGGUACCGCUAUGAUCGGCGUGCUAACCCAUAUAAUAGAGGUAUUCUGAACAACUUUUUAGAGAUAUUCUGCACUGCUAUUCCCCCUUCAAAGAACAAUUUCCGGGCAAGGGUCACAGUUGAGCAAGGGCUGCAACAAUCGCAUGUACAAUCUAGGGGUUUCAUGAGCCCCAACAUGGGCAAGUCUGUUGGAGAUCUUGAAAUGGGCAGGAAGCCAGUAGCUUGGGAUGAACCAAGGACAGCAGCUGAUAUCAGGGACUUGGAAGCAAGUCUUGGGGGCAUGUUCGAUGAGAAAGAGGGCAGAAUAACCCAUGCAUCCCCAGAUCUCAGCAGAGAUGGUCUUCCAGAGGAGGUUGUGGAAGGCCGAGCUGGCAUGCAUUCGAGGCAGUCAAGUUGGGUUCACAGAACUGGAACCCCAGACUCAGUGGACAACAUCGCUGUGCAAAUGGCUACUGUGGAAGCUAAUGGGUGCGGCCAUGUUGCAGCAAGAGGCGCACGUUAGCCAAAAAGAAAAAAAAAAUUGUUUCAAUUCUGCAUCGAGUGGGUUGUUGAUUCUGUCUCAACAUGAACUGCCAUGUGUUUACCACGUGUACCGGGGUAAGGCCCUGGAUCAAUGCAAUUCUAAACACGCCUCCUGUUGUUUCAUCCCUGGUAGCGCAUCAGAGCUCCUGUUUGUUUGGUGUUUUAAGAAAGUAGCCGAAAAGCAUAAGCUCCCACCCGGUUCAGAUGAUUUGUCUGUAUAUAUUAUUAGAACAGGUUGCAACAGAUGUUGGGUUUGGUUUGUCACGUCGUUGUGCUUUACUUGGCCGAAUGUAAUCUGGGUGCUAUUGAUCAUUGAAUAGCCAAAUCGGCUCAUGUGUUUGGUUUCUCAUUUAUGUUCCUGAAAUUUUCAA